CCCCCCCCCCCAUGGCACCGUAGUCUUGCUGCAGGCAUCAAUCAAGCUCGACCCCCAGGAUCGACAUAGCAACUACUACAACAAGUAUCUGAAGAAGUGAGCUGUGGCUCUCGAAAUCUCCUACCCUACCACUAAUGUUGUGAGUCUUAGAGGUGCUACUGGACUCUUGCUCUUUUCCACUGCUACAGACAGACAACCACGGCUACCCACCUUGAUCUGCCACAGCAAGAGACGUGGCCCUGGAAAGAUGUCGGGUGGAUAUUCUGGGCCUCCCCUUCUGUGUGAUGGGGCAGAAACACCAUUUGUGCUGCCAGAUAAGGUUCUGGUGACCUUUGAGGACGUGUCUGUGGAUUUCUCGGAGGAGGAGUGGGCGCUGCUGGAUCCGGGCCAAAGGGCUCUGCACAGGGAAGUCACGGAGGAGAAUUACAGGAACCUGGCCUCUCUCGGGCUUGUGGUUCCUAUACCCGAGUGGGUCUCCUUGCUGGAAGAAGGGGACGAUCCAGUUGCACAGGUCUCCGAGGAGGGAGAGACUUUGGCAGGACCUCUGAUUGCCACACCGGUCCUCGUAUCCGGGCUGGAGGAAGAGGAGGCGCUGCUUAUCGAGUUCUGUGAUGAAGAGGAAGGAGUGGCUGGGAGCAGCCUAGAUGGUGUGUGGGAGUUGGCAACUGAAUAUCCUGUGAUGGAGCGAGAACAUACAUAUUCAGAACUGGAAGAGAACAAUGAAUAUUUUGAUGCAUUAAGCGUGGUGGAGGGAACAAACCCACUUAAUGAGAGGGAAAAUUGUGAUGUUUUCCAAGGUAACAUUUCUCAAGAAAUGCCACUCUUUCAGAAAAUAUCCAAAGGAGACAAUAGGGAUGAGUGUCCAGGAAGUGUGGAAGGAUUUUCUGAAAUAGCAGAUACAACUAUGCAUUGGAACACCCAUAAUACAAGGAAAACAUUUAAAUGCCUAGAAUGUGGACAAACCUUUGGACGGAAAGAUACUCUAACUUCCCAUCAAAGAAUUCACACAGGGGAGAGACCACAUAAAUGCUUCGAAUGUGGGAAAAGCUUCAGUGAGAGGGGAAGCCUUAUCUUACACCAAAAAAUUCACACAGGGGAUAAAAAAUAUAAAUGCCUAGAGUGUGGGAAAUGCUUCAUUCAGAGUCAGAACCUUUCUGCUCACCAAAGAACUCAUACAGGGGAGAAACCAUACACAUGUCUGGAGUGUGGGAAAAGCUUCAGUCAGAGUGGAACCCUUUCUUCCCAUGAAAGAAUUCACACAAGGGAUAAAAAAUAUAAAUGCCUGGAGUGUGGAAAACGCUUCAUUCACAGUCAGAACCUUUCUGCUCACCAAAGAACUCACACAGGGGAGAAACCAUACACAUGUCUGGAGUGUGGGAAAAGCUUCAGUCAGAGUGGAACCCUUUCUUCCCAUGAAAGAAUUCACACAGGGGAUAAAAAAUACAAAUGCCUGGAGUGUGGGAAAACCUUCAGUCAGGGUGGACACCUUACUCACCAUCAAAGAAUUCACACAGGGGAGAAGCCAUAUACGUGUCUAGAAUGUGGAAAAUGCUUUAAACGGACAGAUGAACUUACUUCCCAUGAAAGAAUUCACACAGGGGACAAACCAUAUAAAUGCCUGGAGUGUGGGAGACGCUUCAGUCAGAGUUCAGCCCUUACUUCCCAUGAAAGAACUCACACAGGGGAGAAGCCAUACAAAUGUCUAGAGUGUGGGAAAAGCUUCAGUCAGAAUGGAAACCUUGCUUCCCAUCAAGCAGUUCACACAGGGAAGAAAAAGUAUGAAUGCCCAGUGUGUGGAAGAAUUUUCAGUCAAAGUGGAAACCUUACUACCCAUCAAAAAAUAGUUCACCGUGGGGAGAAACCGUAUAAAUGCCAGGAUUGUGGGAAAAGCUUCAGUCAGAAUGCAAAACUUACUCUUCAUCAAGCAAUUCACACAGGGGAGAAAAAGUAUAAAUGCCUGGAGUGUGGAAAAAGCUUCAGACAGAGUGGAAAUCUUGUUUCACAUCAAAGUAUUCACACAGGAGAAAAACCAUACAAAUGCCUGGAGUGUGGGAAAGGUUUUAGGCAGAAGUAUCAGCUAUGUUGCCAUGAAAGAAUCCACACAGGGGAGAAACCAUAUAAAUGCCUGGAGUGUGGAAAAGCCUUCGGACGGAAAGAUAUUCUUACUUUUCAUCAAAAAAUUCACACCAGGGAAACGCCAUAUAAAUGCCGGGAGUGUGGAAAAUGCUUCAGUCAUAGUAGAAACCUUUCUUCCCACCAAAAAAUUCACACAGGGGAUAAAAAAUAUAUAUGCUUGGAGUGUGGAGAAAGCUUCAGUUUGAGCGGAAGCCUUACUUCCCAUCAAAGAAUCCACACAGGGGAGAAACCAUAUACUUGCCCAGAGUGUGGGAAAAGCUUCAGACAGAGUUCAACCCUUGCUUAUCAUCAAAAAAUUCACACAGGGGAGAAAAAAUAUAAAUGCUUACAAUGUGAUAAAAGCUUUGGGAGGAGGGAUAGACUAAAUUCCCAUCAAAGAAUUCACACACAGGAAACUGCAAGUGUUGAGAAAUCUUAAUUAAAAUGGAAACUUUACAUCCCAUGAAAGAAUUCACCUAGGGGGAAAACCUUAUAAAUUCCAGCAGUCUUGAAAAUAUUUCCAUCAUGGUGGAAACCUUACUUCCCAUUAAUAUAACUCAUACCUGGGAGGAAACCUAGAUAUUUCUGAAGUGCGGAAACACAUUAUAGCCAAACUAAUUUUAUUAGAAAAUUAGGAAUGCAAUAUUAUAACAUGUACAAUAUAAAAUGCAGAGAACUUGCCAAAAUGUUUUGUAGAUUAAAACUACAUCCCUAUCCUCUUCAAAAUGGUAGUUUCAUAAAGAAAAUACCACGAUUUCCAUUUUAUAACUUGUGUUUUUGUAUGGAAUGAUACAGUUGUGGGAGCAUAUUCGACCUCAACAGGCCGCCUGUUCCAUUCAACAGGGGCCUCCAGAGAGAAUGAUUCUGUACAGGUAUCCAUUGCUCUUGCCUGUUAGUGUUGCUCAGGUAAGCGAAGGUGUUUUAGCAGCUCAUGUUGAGUGAGGAGGCCCUGUGGAUUUGUGGGACCUGGACGGGCAGGAGGAUUCAGCUGGAUUCGGCUGGCAUCAAUGCCGGUCUCUUUCUUGGUUGUUUCAAAUGAGGUUGCUGGAAGGUUCGAUGGUAGUUCCGGUUUCUGCCAAUCCCCGCAGCUGGCUUCCUUGGGCAGCAGCCUCCAGCACCUGUAUCCAUGGCAUGGGAACAUGGAGAUACGACUCCUGUAAUGUAUUCUACAUAGUCUCCCCUCAGAGUCAACUCAGAGGCUCCCAUUGGUGCUGAAUCCCGCAGAUAUCUAGGCAGAGGUUGACUAUAACUCCUAUUCUGCAAUCACUUCAUUGGCUACUCAUAAGUUACUGGGCUCAGUUCAAGGUUUUGGCAAUCUCAUACAAAGCCCUUCCUGUCUGUGGGACAGCCUCGCCCCCUGUGCUCCAACAUGGCAGCUCCGCUCGUCUGAACAGGGCCUUCUGCAGGCGCCACCCUUCAAAGGGGCAAAACCAACAGCUGCCCCUGUACGGGCAUCCUCUGCCGCAGCCCCUGCCUUAUGGAAUGGCCUCCCUGAAGAGGUCAGCAAAACUCCUCCUCUCCUGGCUUUCUGCCAACACUGCAAAACUGAAUUAUUCACGAGGGCUUUCUUAGGCAGCUAUUAGGGCUGUGCUGUGAGAGUCGCCUUAAAGAGAGGCAUUGGUACAGGGACAGGAUCUGUAGACUCUACUACUGCGUACCGUCUGUGGCUGUAAGUGUGCUCCUACUUCAUAGUUUAAUAAGUCCUAUCAAUCUGCUUUGGUUGUGUUUCAGUGUUGUUGUCCCCCCCCCCCUCCAGCGCUGUACUGGAUUUCGACUCAGUUUCACCAUUGGUUUUUCUACUGAACUUCUGCUUGUUUUCAAAUUUCAGCUAUCCCACCCUAUCGCAUUGUUUAUUGAACAGCUGCUGAUUAUACUGACGUAUUCUUUGUAAUCCACCUUGAAUCUCAGUGAGAAAGGCAGACUAUCAGUAAUGUAAAUAAAUGAAAUAAAAUAGACCACUCAGUCA